GGGGGGGCCCAGAGGGAGCCCCCCCUGCUAGGAGAGCACAUCGCACGUCCACCCCGCGCCCUGGGGUGAGGCUGUGCCGGCACUGUGUACCGCGAGAUGCUCGCAUCUGAUUUACUCCGUGAUUCUGAUGCUUAUCAACAAAGCGUGAAGAUUGCAAUAAGGAUCCUCCCUGGAAGGCGAGGAGGAGUGACUUCAGGGGGCUGGGAGGAGGUGGAGUGCAGCGCGGCUCUCGCCUAUAAGGAGGUGCCCAGCGCCCGGCUGCUGCUUCCAGCCGCAGCUCGCAAGGUGAAUUUCCGCGGUGCGGGCUCUGCCGCCGGCAUUUGGAGCAUCUCCUCCUCCGGGGGCCGCGGAGGACGGUCCCUCGGUUCCCCCCGCUCCGGCUGCCCAUUUACCCGGAGUGCCUGGGUGCCCGAUGGAGUAGAUGAGAGGGAGAAGAGGGAGCGCACAGAAGCUGAGGGGCGCUCGGAAACCGGGUCCGGUGGAGACGGGCGGGUGGCUGGUUCCCCCCUGCGGGGCUGACCAUGGAUUCCCCAGCCCUCGGGGGUUUCACGCUACUGCUCGUCAGUUUUUGGCACCUGGGAUUAACCGCAGCCAUUUAUAAUUGUGAUGAUGCCUUGGUAUCUACCUUACCUUCAUCAGCCUUUACCAGUUCCUCUGAGUUCUUCAGUACUCACAGUCCCAGCUUUGCAAAGCUCAACAGGCGAGAUGGAGCUGGUGGCUGGUCCCCGCUGUACUCCAAUAAGCAGCAGUGGCUCCAGGUUGAUUUAGGAGACAGAGUGGAGAUUGUUGCAGUGGCUACCCAGGGCAGGCAUGGGAGCUCCGACUGGGUAACCAGCUAUACGCUGAUGUUCAGCGACACUGGCCGCAACUGGAAACAGUACCGACAAGAUGACACUGUCUGGGUUUUCACAGGGAACAGCAAUGCUGACAGUGUGGUUCACCACAAGCUCCUGCACUCCAUGAAAGCCCGAUUCUUGCGCUUCGUCCCUCUGAAGUGGAAUGUCGGUGGGCAGAUAGGACUGAGAGUGGAGGUCUUCGGCUGCUCCUAUAAGUCAGAUAUUGCAGACUUCGAUGGCAGAAGUUCCCUCCUCUACAGGUUCAAUCAGAAGCUUAUGAGCACAUUCAAAGAUGUGGUUUCCUUGAAGUUCAAGAGCAUGCAGGGGGAUGGAGUCUUAUUCCAUGGAGAAGGACAGCGUGGAGACUACAUUACCUUAGAAAUGCAGAAAGGAAAGCUCUCAUUGCACAUCAACCUGGGGGACUCCAACCUGCACUCCGCUAACAGCCACACGUCUGUCACCCUGGGCAGCCUCCUGGAUGACCAGCAUUGGCACUCGGUUCUCAUAGAGCGCUUCAACAAGCAAGUGAACUUCACAGUGGACAAGCACACUCAGCAUUUCCGAACGAAGGGGGAUUCAGAUCACUUGGAUAUCGAUUAUGAGCUCAGCUUCGGAGGCAUUCCUGUCCCAGGGAAACCAGGAACCUUUCAGAGGAAAAAUUUCCAUGGGUGCAUUGAGAACCUUUAUUACAAUGGAGUCAAUAUAAUUGACCUGGCAAAAAGGCGCAAACCUCAGAUCUAUACUGUGGGGAAUGUGACCUUUUCCUGCUCAGAACCACAAAUUGUUCCCAUCACCUUUGUCAGCUCCAGUAGAAGCUACUUGCUACUACCUGGCACUCCUCAAAUUGAUGGCUUGUCAGUCAGUUUCCAGUUUCGAACAUGGAAUAAAGAUGGCUUACUCCUGUCCACUGAAUUGUCUGAAAACUCAGGAUCUCUCUUGGUUUACCUCCACGGUGGGAGAUUGACACUACUUAUUCAGAAAGUGACAGAAAAACCCAUGGAAAUUAGUGAAGGCACCAAUCUCCAUGACGGUCUUUGGCAUUCAGUUAACAUCAAUGCCAGAAGGCAUCGCAUUACCCUGACGCUGGAUAACAAUGCUGCCACUGCCAGCCAUGCAACCACUGUCUCAAGGAUCUACUCGGGGAACAGCUACUAUUUUGGAGGGUGCCCUGACAAUUUCACUGAUUCCCAAUGUUUAAAUCCCAUUACUGCUUUUCAAGGCUGUAUGAGGCUCAUCUUUAUUGAUAACCAGCCCAAGGACCUCAUUUUAGUUCAGCAAGGCUCCCUGGGGAAUUUCAGUGAUUUACACAUUGAUCUGUGUGGCAUCAAAGACAGAUGUUUGCCUAACUACUGUGAACAUGGAGGAAAAUGUUCUCAGUCCUGGACCACAUUUUACUGCGACUGUAAUGAUACAGGUUACAUGGGAGCUACCUGUCAUAACUCUAUCUACGAACAAUCAUGUGAGGCUUACCGACAUCAAGGGAGGACGUCAGGUUUCUUCUACAUCGAUUCUGAUGGAAGUGGACCACUUGGACCACUUCAGGUUUUUUGCAAUAUAACAGAAGAUAAGAUCUGGACUGCAGUGCAGCACAACAACACAGAGCUAACUAGAGUCCAAGGAGCUGGUCCGGAGAAGCCGUACACCAUGUCCUUUAACUAUAACAGUAGCAUGGAGCAGCUUGAAGCUGUGAUAAACGGUGCGGAGUACUGCGAACAGGAGGCAGCCUACCACUGCAAAAAGUCACGUCUCCUGAACACCCCAAAUGGAAUGCCAUUUGCUUGGUGGGUUGGCCGUGCCAAUGAAAAGCAUCUUUACUGGGGAGGAUCUCUUCCGGGCAUUCAACAGUGUGCAUGUGGACUGGAAGAAAGUUGUCUGGAUAUGAGAUAUUUUUGCAACUGUGACGCAGAUAGAGAAGAAUGGACAAAUGAUACCGGCCUCCUUGCUUUCAAAGACCAUUUGCCUGUAACUCAGAUAGUGAUCACUGACACAAACAGAUCAAAUUCUGAGGCUGCCUGGAAAAUUGGCCCUUUGCGUUGCUAUGGAGACAGGCAGUUCUGGAACGCAGCUUCCUUCAACACAGAGGCCUCCUACCUGCACUUCCCCACCUUCCAUGCCGAGGUCAGCGCGGACAUCUCCUUCUUCUUCAAAACCACAGCUCCCUCUGGGGUAUUCUUGGAAAACCUGGGGAUUAAGGACUUCAUACGAGUUGAAAUAAGCUCCCCCAAAGAGAUAAUCUUCUCUGUAGAUGUUGGGAAUGGCCCCACAGAAGCGAUCGUGCAGUCUUCCACACCCCUGAAUGACAACCAGUGGCACUAUGUCCGUGCAGAGCGGAACCUCAAGCAAACAUCUCUGCAAGUGGAUAACCUCCCCAAGAAGGUCCUGGAGGCACCUGCAGAGGGGCACUUCCGCUUGCAGCUCAACAGCCAAUUAUUUGUAGGGGGAACAGCUUCCAGACAAAAGGGCUUUAUGGGAUGUAUUCGAUCUCUGCAUUUAAAUGGACAGAAACUUGACCUUGAAGAAAGAGCUAAAAUGACUUCUGGUGUUAAACCUGGAUGUCCAGGACAUUGCAGUAGUUAUGGUAACCUGUGCCAUAAUGGAGGGAAAUGUGUGGAGAAGUAUAAUGGGUAUUACUGUGAUUGUACCAACUCGGCCUAUGAAGGACCGUUCUGCAAGAAAGAGGUUUCUGCGUUAUUUGAAGCCAGCACUUCCGUUACCUAUAUUUUCCAAGAACCUUAUCCUGUCACAAAAAAUGCAAGCAGUUCAAGCUCUGCCAUUUAUGCGGAUGCUGUCAUGCCCAAGGAAAAUAUUGCAUUCAGCUUUCUCACGGCACAUACUCCAAGCCUUCUGCUGUACAUCAACACCUACUUUCAUGAAUAUUUGGCUGUGAUUCUCUCCAAAAAUGGAAGUUUACAGGUCCGAUAUAAGCUGAGUAAGGAUGGGCUCCUUAUUUUCACAAUUGACUCUGGAAAUUUUGCCAACCGAGAGCUGCACCAUGUGAAGAUUAACAGAGAAGGCAGAGAGCUCAUCAUUCAGGUUGAUCAAGUUCUCAAACUCAAACACAACUUUUCUGAGAUUGAUUUUAAGGCCACCAAAUCACUUACCUUGGGCAAGGUCACAGAUAGUUUGUCACUGGACCCUGAAGUCUCAAAGGCAAAUGCCUAUGGAUUCACUGGCUGCCUGUCCUCUGUUCGGUAUAACCACAUUGCUCCCCUGAAAGCUGCCUUACGCCAUCCCAGCGUUGCUCCUGUGACUGUCAAGGGCUCCUUGACUGAAUCCAGCUGUGCAUCCCUGAUGGAAGCUGAUGUGAACACAGCAACCACGAUAUAUUCCUCAUCAGAUCCUUUUGGGAAGACAGAUGAAAGGGAGCCUCUCACCAAUGCGGUCAGAAGUGAUUCUGCUGUGAUUGGAGGUGUAAUAGCGGUUGUGAUAUUCAUCAUCUUUUGCAUCAUCGCCAUCAUGAGCAGAUUCCUCUAUCAGCACAAACAGGCACAUCGAAGUAGCCAGACAAAGGAGAAGGAACACCCAGAAAAUCUUGAGAGCUCUUUUAAAGCUGACAUUGACUUGCAGAACACAGUGAGCGAGUGCAAACGGGAAUAUUUCAUUUGAUGGACAAUGCAAUUUCUUCUUAUUCUUAGUCCCCUAACCAACCUCCUUUCCUUUCUUUCCUUUCCUUCCUUUUCUCUCUCUUUUUUCUUUUCUUUUUAACAUUCAUUUUUUGUUAACUUUUUUUUUUUCAUUUGGGAAAGACCACCCUGCACAGGAAACACUGACAACAAUCACAGUGCCUCAUUCUCUGCAAAAGAACCCGGCAGUCAUAGUUUACUUCUGCAGCUCAAGAGACGUGUUAUCCCACAAUACACAGAAUAAGAUCCACAUGCGCACCUGGUUUCUUCUUUGAGUUCCUGGAUGUUUCAAAGGCCCUACUUUUACUUCUAUUUUUUCUCUGAAACCAUUUAAUUAAUCACUUUUACACUAGAGCUGGACUGUGUAAAGUAGAGGUAAAGUAGCUGAGUACGUAGCUCUGCAGAUACUGGGACAGGAUAGAGGGAAAGAAUGAGACCAAAACACCAGACUUAUUUUACAGGUUCAUUUACAACAAUCACAAAGAACCAGCCAAAUUCUCAAAUGAUAUGAAUUGAUAUAUAUAGCUAUUGAUUUCAGUGGUGUUACAUUAAUUUAUACCAGUUGAGAAGCUGGUGUGAGGUAAUGAAAAAUAAGACUCUCUUUCUCGUUAGGCUCCUUCCCCCAGCCUCCUGUCCUUUUACUGUAACUUUUAGGCUUACCAAUACUUUUCCAACAAUAUAUAUAUCAACAAUAAAUGUCAUUCCCAUAUGCCUCUUUCAUCUCCAUCUCAUAAGGUUGGCUUUAUAGACCCAACAUACUCUAGCAUAACUCUAGAUGAAGCAUGGAAAUUAGUAGCUUGAGUCUCCAAGGGUUUUAGGAAGCUGCUAGGACUUAGGUGCACUAUAUUUGUCUGAAAUGUUAGAAAUGCAGCAUAUGUUCAUGCCAUAUGGAGGAUUAUCAUGCGCUGAGGUUAAACACUGUUGCCGCUUUGGCAAAGAAAAAAAUAUAUAAGAAAAAAAAGUUCAAUCUUAAACAUGAGAUCCACCUUCUGCCAGUUAUAAAAAAAUAAAUAAUAAAAAUCCAAAUUCUCAGAAAAACACACAACCAAAACUGCAUGAAAGAUUGAGUGGUAUUUCUUGUUUGUAGAAAUUGGAAUAUCUUCUCCAAGGCUAAGUAGAGAGAGAUCUAAUGUCAUGUCAAAAAAAGUUAAUAUUUAGCGAACCCUGUGUACAAGGAAGAACAUCAUGGAAUGCUGUGAAAAAAAAAAAAAAAAAUCCCAAAUACUGCACUUAAGAGAAAUGGUGGUGAAGAUUAAUUCAAGUCUUCUGUCCUUUCCUGAUUGAAAACAAUACUGAAGACUCAAAUCCUGCCCAUUUUACUUGUGCUGCAUGGAUUUCAAUACAAGCCUGAAAAAUUUUCUUUUCAGUCACAGUAACUGUAAGGCUAAGAAAUUGAGAGGUCCCACCUAAGUGGGGUUUUUAAUACCCUGCUUGUGUCUGUGUAACAUACUCCCUUCACGUGACUGUUUUUUCCUACUUAUUGCAGUAUUCUUUGGAUGAUAAUACAUUCAGGAGAAUUAUUGUGCACCUGAAGCUCUUUUUUUCUUGUCCCCUACAUCAUUCUAGAGUCAUCCCAGGUUGUCCAUAUACUGAUCCUUUUCACAUAGAUUAAAAUCAAAGAAUCAUUGCAUUGCUGUAAUGACCAGCAAAUUAUUGAUGAAAUUACAUGUGCAACUUUUUUUUCUUCCCCUCCAGGCAAUACACUGAUCACAGAGUUAUGUAGCAGGUUAUUUUUAGCGGAUGGAGGGGUCAUAUAAAAAGGAAUUAGUAAAUGACAGGUUGAAAGUGGUAUUUAUGUGUUGCUUCUUUUUGAAGACUUAUGAGAAGUAGACUACAGUGAAGAGGAAGUAAUCUUGGGUUGGUAUUGUUCUUACAUGAAGAGGAAUAUAUGAGACCUGCCCCAUAACCAGAAGUCUAACGAAGCAAUUUCACAAAGCCAGCUAUGUUGAAAUUAGUAUUGAUGCCAUUCUUCCUCGACCAUGAUUGACAGCAACCUUUUUGUCUCAUUCUGGAUGUUUUUAUAAUAUAUGAUUAUUUGAGUGUGUUUCUGUAUGGUCUGAUGUCUAAUGAUGGACUCAUUGGCUGUGUUCCCUUUAUGUUGCUUUAUUUUCCACUGUGAAAUCCUGGCAAAGCACUUCUUUCUUCUUCUUCCUUCCUUUGUUUUCCCAGAUAAAGCUGCUUUGUUUUUCAUUGAGAGAAGGGAGGAAUAAGCAAGCCCGUGAGCCCCUGUGCCCAUGUUUGAGUCAUCUUAUUUGAAAUGACCUCUGCAUAAAAAAUCUCUGAAGACCUAAUGCACCUAGCUGGCUUUAUUAAGAAUGGAAUAGGAAGAAGGGGAAAGCCAACAGGUGUAUUUUUCUCUGGCCAAACUAAUAGACACAAAUCAUUCAUCUGCUUUGCUGCAUGCUAGCUUAUAGGAAUAACAGUACUACGAAGUGCAGAUAUAAAGUGCAAAGCAGCUCAAACAAUGCAGUAGCUGGAGAAGGGAGACUAAGCAAUGAAGCAUAGUCCUCUCAUUUGUCAAGUGACUAAAUCACUUUCAGCCAUCUCAGAACCUGAUUCUGCAAAAUGGUGAACUUUCUUAUGGAGGAUCAAGUUCACAUCACCAAAUGUAGAUUCCCAUCACCAAAUGCAGCCUUGCUGCAAUCAUUUCAGAUACAGCAUGGUGGCUCAGUCCUGGACCAGGCGGCAUGUCAUGUGCAAUCACAGACCUGGCAAAACAAUGUAAGCAGUUUCUUUAUUUUUCCUUACCUUCAUUAAUUAUAGUCCAGGAUGGAAAAAAAAAAAAUCAGAACUUAAAUUUAGAUGUGUUGGUAUGUUUCUGUAAAAAAAAAAAAAAAAAAAAAAAAA